UUCCAUAUCGAGUACCAGUUGCAGAGUCUGCCGAAUCAGGACCGUACCUCUGUUUCUUUCAUCUUCUUCUUCCCGGCGCGUCAAAGAUUUGCGCGUAGUCCGGCGAGAUCUCCAGGCCAACGGCGAAUCGGGCGGCGAAGAUGGGGGACCGGGCGGAGGAGGGCCAGCUUGCCGGCUUCGCGCGCGGGCGCCACGCGGCGUACCUGCAGGCGAUGGCCCUGGAGCUCCCCAGGGACUACGCCAAUCAGGAGGUCAUGCACCUCACCCUCGCCUACUUCGCCGUCGCCGGCCUCUCCCUGCUCCGGGCGCUCGACUGGGUUAACAGGGAUGACAUUGCAGAAUGGAUUUUGUCUUUUCAAGUGCACCCAGAGGCAAAUGACGAUUUUGACAGCGGACAAUUUUAUGGAUUCUGUGGUUCUAGAACAACUCAAUAUCCUUCAAAUAGUGUGAAGGACCCUUGCCAUAAUGGUAGUCAUCUAGCAAGCACUUAUUCUGCGCUUGCUAUAUUGAAGAUUGUAGGUUAUGAUGUACUAAACAUUGAUAGCAAGUCUCUUUUACUGUCGAUGAGAAACCUCCAACAACCAGAUGGAAGCUUCAUGCCAACUCAUAUUGGUGCAGAAACAGACCUACGUUUUGUAUACUGUGCAGCUGCUAUCUGCUCAAUGCUAAAAGACUGGUCAGGAAUGGAUAAGGAAAAGGCCAAAGAACACAUUAUUAACUGCCAGUCAUAUGAUGGUGGCUUUGGCAUGGUUCCUGGUUCCGAAUCUCAUGGUGGAGGGACUUUCUGUGCUGUUGCGGCUCUAUAUCUAAUGGGUUUCAUUCAACCUGAUUUGGCAUCAAAUCUGUGGGAAUCCGCGUUGAUCGAUGUGCAAUUGCUCCUGGAGUGGUGUCUUCAGAGGCAAGCGGCAGACGGUGGAUUCCAGGGGAGAAGAAACAAGCCAAGCGAUACGUGCUACGCUUUCUGGAUUGGAGGUGUCUUGAAGAUGCUUGGCGCCUACCACUUGAUCGACCAUACGGCCCUGCAGGAAUUCCUGUUCACCUGCCAAACAGACUUUGGAGGCUUCUCGAAAUUCCCGGAAAAAGUUCUCCCGGAUAUCUACCACUCGUACUAUGGGCUGGCCGCCUUCUCGCUGCUGGGCGAGGAUGGGGUCGAGCCGAUGUGCACCGAGCUGGGGAUCAUUGCUGCUGCCGCACUGUAGCUGCUAGCUAGGGAGCGGUGUUUUUCUUUUUUCUGAGAUUGUAAUUUCGAGAUUGCUCGCCACACGUGUAUGUGUGACAGCAUUGUACCGAUUCGCCAUGUUUUGGGGUUGAGAAAACAAGUGAUUUUUUGCGUGAAGGAGGUUGAUCUGUUAUACUAGAGUGUUUGUUUUUGGUUGAGGCAGAUCAAUGCAACAUUACAUAUAUUUCUGAUAAUAUUAUUAACAUGACGAAAAGCAAUGGACUUUUUUUAA